GCCCUCUUCUCCGAGGCGGGCCUCUCUGUUUGGAUCUCUCUCGCUCUUUCUCUGUCGCCCUCGCUCCCUUCCAAUGCAAUUCAUUCAAAGGUGCUUGCCUUUGAUCUGCUCAGUAACAACAGUCACGUCAUUGCCCCAGUUCGCCGAGGGGAGGGGAGUUAAUACAGUAGGGCCGAGUUUGGUAGCCCUCCUGAGAGCUUCGACACAGCAGAUGCGUCAGACAGAGACAGAGAAACACAUACUGAACUAUUGGAGAAGCAUUCAUUCACUCACUCUUUUAGGCUCUUUUAUUGCUCAAGCGACUGACGAAGCUGAAGGAAUGGAACAUCAGUUGCUGUGCUGUGAAGUGGAGACCGUCCGGAGAGCUUACCAAGACACAAACCUGCUUAACGACAGAGUUUUGCAGACCAUGCUUAAAGCUGAAGACAAUUAUCUCCCGGCAACGAACUACUUCAAAUGUGUACAGAAAGAGAUUGUACCCUACAUGAGAAGAAUUGUUUCUACAUGGAUGUUGGAGGUGUGUGAGGAACAGAAAUGCGAGGAGGAGGUUUUUCCCCUAGCUAUGAAUUUUUUGGACAGAUAUUUGUCUAUUGAACCCACCAGGAAAACCCGUCUACAGUUACUUGGAGCUACCUGCAUGUUUCUUGCGUCAAAGAUGAAGGAGACCAUUCCCCUAACUGCUGAGAAGUUGAGCAUAUACACCGACAAUUCCAUCAGACCGGGCGAAUUGCUGCAAAUGGAACUACUAGUAUUGAACAAACUGAAAUGGGAUCUAGCCUCAGUGACUCCGCACGAUUUCAUAGACCAUUUCCUCUCCAAACUACCCAUCCAUCCGGACACCAAGCAAAUCCUGCGCAAGCAUGCGCAGACCUUUGUGGCUCUCUGUGCUACAGACGUAAAAUUCAUCGCCAACCCUCCAUCAAUGAUUGCAGCGGGCAGUGUUGCGGCCGCGGUCCAGGGCCUGCAUUUGAAGAGUGCGGACAACGCGCUGUCAUCCCAGCAGCUCACUGACUUCCUGUCCCAAGUCAUCCGGAGUGACCCGGACUGUUUGCGAGCGUGCCAAGAACAGAUCGAAUCCUUACUGGAGACCAGUCUCCGUCAGGCGCAACGGCACACCGUUUCCACGGAGACCAAGAACGUGGACGAGGAGCUGGACCUUUCGUGCACACCAACGGACGUGAGGGACGUGAACAUCUGAGCGGGACCGUCUCGCCGUGGUGCUCACUAAGUAGAGGCUGUUGAUGGAGGAGGACAGGGCUUCGGGGGAGAGCAGGGCUCGCUGAUUGACACCGUCUCAGCAACACCAGUCCCCACCCCCAACCCCGCUACGCUCUCAGCCACUCCCCCUCACAUGUGCUCAAAGCACAGGGUCUGGCCUGGCCUGGCCAGGACGUGCUGUCUGGCUCUCAACCGGUGUUUCAGGGGCCAGCCAGAGCUUGAUUCUUGUGCUUCUCUUUCUCCUUACUGGUUUGAGGGAGUAUCAAUUGGCCGUGGUUCCUUGUUAUUUGUUUUUGACAAAACAGACUUGAAUAACUGGUGGAAAAUACGAUAUGUAGUACUGUAUGUGUUGUUGCGCAACAAAAUAGAUAUCAUCUAGUGAAUCAUAACCUAGGUCUUCUUUUUUGUUCAACAAAUUAAGUAUCAUACACCUGCAAUCAGAAAUAAGAAGCUGGUCCUGAGUUGUUUGAUGACAGAAGUGUUUUAAAGUAUGGUAAUCCCCAUUUCUAAACGAGGUGUAGUUUUGUUGUUCCAGCUUAAUUUGGUCCAUGCUUGCUUUAAGGUUUAACCAACUUUGAGGUAUUACUUUUUUUGUGGGGGGGGGGGGGGGGGGG